UCGUGAUCCACCCGCCUCGGCCUCCCAAAGUGCUGGGAUUACAGGCUUGAGCCACCGCGCCCAGCCCCAUUUGCCUUUUGAGGGCUGAUACAUGAUGCUGGUCACAGCAGUUCAUUUGGAAGAGGGUUUUGAGUGACUCACCUUCAUCCUUAACUUUUCCUUUGGCAUAAAGAGUUUGGGAGUCCUGAGAUUUUUCUAUUUGCCUUUACACUGGAAAUAAGGUUUUCCAUUUGUUCACCAGCCACUUUGUGAAAUCAGCAUUUUCUCUUCUCUGGUCUACGUUGAUUCUUUGAAGUUUGAGGGCAGGGCCCCACGUUCUUCUUUCUAACAUUUGAUGACCCCUCCUCGUUCCACUGGCCAAAGUCUCCCCUAUCACAGCCCUGGCACAGACCACCCCAUUCUUCCUUUCUGUGUGUAGAUGGACUGGGCAGAGGCAGCGUGUUCUGUCUGGAAGAGGGGACUAGGCCUUGGAUGCCAUGUCCAGAGCAAGCUCAGAUGUCUGCAGCCGUAAAGUAUCCUGCUGUUGGCUGUGCUUCUGUGGCUCAGAAUUAACAGUUAAUUUCAAGGCAACCUUCCUCCAUCCCAGAUUACUAACAGAGCUUUCCAAAGAAUCUGUAACUUACCUGUAGCUCUUUCCUUGCCAGCGGAGAACAUAACCACCCGAUGGGUUCGUCCUGCCCACUGCAUAAACAAAAUCAAUUCACAGCAUUUCAAUAAAGAAAGAAUUUAAUUGACAUGAUGCUGGCCAUGGGCAGGAGACAGAGUUGGUACUCAAAUUAGCCUCAUCAAAGGCUCAGAGGCUAGGGUUUUUCAAAGGUGGUUUCAGGUAUGGGGGACUAGGCAGUGGGGCUUACUGCUGACUGAUUGGGAUACCAUCACAGGGGUGUGAGAAAUGGUCCUCUGUGGGCUGAAUCACUUGUGGGUGGGUCUACAGGAGUGAUUGGUGGGUCCAGGUGGAGCCGUGGUGUCAGACAUGCAAAAAACCUGAAAAGACAAUUCAAAAGGCCAAUCUUAGGUUCCACAAUAGUGAUGUCAUCUGCAGGGGUAAUUGGGAAAGUUGCAUAUCUUAUGAUGUCCAGAAUGAUGGCUGGCAAUAAUUUAUAUCUGUACCUAAGCAGAAUUCAGGCUCCUCUCCUUCCCUUGGCCCAGUGGUCUCUCAUUAGCUUUACAAAGGUGGUUGAGUUUGGGGGAAGGGCUCUUAUCACUUAAACCAUAACCUAAAAUUCUCCAAAAGUUAGCUUGACCUAAGCCCAGGAAUAAUUGAGGGCUUCUAGAGGCAAGAUGGUGGGGGUGGUUAAAUCAGAUCUCUUUCACUACCAUCAUUUUCUCACUGCUAUAAUUUUUGUGAAGGCAGUUUCAUGAGGGAAGAACAGAGGCCAGUCUGAGGGGACAGAGUGUGAAGCUGGUCACCUGGCCCUGUCCCCCCAGGUGGGUGGUGAUGGAUUCUUCUUACAGCUGCACACAGGCAUACCAUUGCCCCCAGGACCAUUGUCUCCCGGCACCAAAAUGUGCUGUGGGAGCUCACAGGAGAGAGAGGGUGUAUUUUCACUGGGGCUCAGGCUGGCUUUGCCGUGGAGCUUGAAGGGUGGUGGGCUUUGGCGUGCAGCAGGUGGAAGAAGGCUAUGUCAGGUCUGAGCUUAGCUGCAGGGAGGAGAGGAAGGAGUACUUGAGGGAGGGGAGCAGUCAGCAUGCCCUGCAGAGCUGAGACCACCGAAGGCUCCUGAGAAGUGGGAUUUGUGUGUGAGCUGUGUUUCAAGAAGGUCCACAGAGCAGUCAUUUCUGGAAGAAAUAAGGGCAUUCCUGGAAGUGAGAAAACUCACUGAUCGAGUUUCUCCAGGUGGGAGAUAAAGAUGUCCUUGUGGCAAGUGUGGGAAGGGCAGCUCCAGGAGCCACCUCUGAAGAUCCAAGGAGCCAGGGCCAGGCUGCAGGACAGUAGUGCACACUCCCCCAGGAAUUUCACGGAAAACAAAGAAGGCAGGGUCAGAGGCGAGGAAAGUGCCUCUGGUGGGGACUGCCCAGGCUGCUGGAAAGAGGGUGAAGGGGUCCCAGCACGCAGGUGGGAGACCUGGAGGCAGGAGGGGAGUGGCCAGGGCAGUGCAGAGGUUUCUACUUAGUUGUCAGGACCGCAAUCAUCUGGGGGACUGAAGGGAGGUCCUGGUGUGAACGGGAGCACAAGGAGGCCACUGCAGGCUCAGAUGACUCCAGGGUAGCCAGUGGUUGGGGGAGGAUUGGGCUGUGAGGUCACAAGAGCUGGGUCCCAGGGUAUGGAUGGGGCAGACAUCCCAGACCCGCAGCUGCUCACACCAUGACCGGCCAGCCUGCAGACCCCGGGCACAGCUGCUGGCCCUGACUAAGCUGGGGUGGUGGCCCUCUGUCACAUCCUGCAGGGGCAGAGGCAGCAGGAGCCUGAAGGAGAGACCAGUACCAGGUGUCCUCACCUGGCUCCGUUCCUGCUGAGACCCACGGUCAGGUCCUGCUGCAAGGUGGGUGUAGGUGGCUCGUCCUGGCACUGUGGAUGCGUGUUCUGGGAUGAUCCAGAAAGUGACUCAAGUCCUGAUCAUAAUCUAUGGAAGAUUGUCCUUGGAACAGCAUGGCAGAACUCCCCAUGCUCUGAGGCAUGAAUGUUCACCCUCUCCAAGGCAGGCCUCACAUGGUCCUAGCCCUAGAGCCCCUGUGGCCCCAGCAGCAUCCUGAGUAGCAGGAGUUCAGGGGAAGGGUUUGAGGAUAUUUGAUGUGGAAGGAAGCACAGGUUGUCUCUGAAGGUAACAACAGCAAGCAUCUCAGGCAUUUCACAGACGAUUUAGCACACACAUCCGAUUUCCUGAUAUCCGCAUGCGUUUACUCAGCGCCCCGUUGGUGUGAAGCUGAGGGCCCGGAGAAUGCUGCAGGCGUGGGGGAGACUCCCAUCUUCGAGGUGUUUGCAAUGAUUCUUUCUCUUUAGGCAGUGAUGGCUGGGCAGGGAUCCCAACCACAUGUAUUGGACUGACUCAAGGCUCAAUCUGGAGCAUAUUUAGAUGUUUGGGUUUUAUUGGAUUCAGUGCAUUCUUAAAAAUACAAAGCCUGCAGUGGCGUCUGGGACAACAUCACGUGCUGGCGGCCUGCCAAUGUGGGAGAGACAGUCACGGUGCCCUGCCCAAAAGUCUUCAGCAAUUUUUACAGCAAAGCAGAUCACGUUUUAUAUUCUGGUGAAGGCCAUUUACACGCUGGGCUACAGUGUCUCUCUGAUGUCCCUUGCAACAGGAAGCAUAAUUCUGUGCCUCUUCAGGAAGCUGCACUGCACCAGGAACUACAUCCACCUGAACCUGUUCCUGUCCUUCAUCCUGAGAGCCAUCUCAGUGCUGGUCAAGGACGACGUUCUCUACUCCAGCUCGGGCACAUUGCACUGCCCCGACCAGCCAUCCUCCUGGGUGGGCUGCAAGCUGAGCCUGGUCUUCCUGCAGUACUGCAUCAUGGCCAACUUCUUCUGGCUGCUGGUGGAGGGGCUCUACCUCCACACCCUCCUGGUGGCCAUGCUCCCCCCAGGAAGGUGCUUCCUGGCCUACCUCCUGAUUGGAUGGGGCCUCCCCACCGUCUGCAUCGGGGCAUGGACUGUGGCCAGGCUCUACUUAGAAGACACUGGUUGCUGGGAUACAAACGACCACAGUGUGCCCUGGUGGGUCAUACGAAUACCGAUUUUAACCUCCAUCAUUGUCAAUUUUGUCCUUUUCAUCAGUAUCAUAAGAAUUUUGCUGCAGAAGUUAAAGUCACCAGAUGUCAGCGGCAAUGACCAGUCACAGUACAAGAGGCUGGCCAAGUCCACACUCCUGCUCAUCCCGCUGUUUGGCGUCCACUACAUGGUGUUUGCCGUGUUUCCCAUCAGCAUCUCCUCCAAAUACCAGAUUCUGUUUGAACUGUGCCUUGGGUCGUUCCAGGGCCUGGUGGUGGCCGUCCUCUACUGUUUCCUGAACAGUGAGGUGCAGUGCGAGCUGAAGCGAAAAUGGCGAAGCCAGUGCCCGACCCCGUCCUCCAGCCGAGAUUACAGGGUCUGUGGCUCCUCCAUCUCCCACAACGGCUCGGAGGGUGCCCUGCAGUUCUACCGCGGCUCCCGAACUCAGUCCUUCCUGCAGACAGAGACCUCUGUCAUCUAGCCCGACCCCCGCCUGUGGACGCAGCGGGAGCCCAUGGUCCUGGGGCUGACACAGGCUGAUGCGGGCUGACACUGUCAGGCAGGUCAGCACGGUCCUCAUGCAGUCAAGCUGGUUGUCCACCAAACCCCACACGUGGAACUGGGGUCGUGUUGUCAUUGACUCGAUUUAAACUCCAGCAUUUGGAUAAUUUUGUUCAGCAUGUGUUUCCGCCCUAUAGUUGGAUCCAUUUUCGAAGAGAAUAGGGAAGCCAAGAAGGAAAUGUGGAAAUGCAGUUGCAGGACCCAGCAAGGGCCUGGGCCACAGGUGACGUCCAUGCCAUUUCAGGGCAGCCUCCCAGGUCCCACAGGGCAGCCCCAUCGUGUGCAGGACAGAGGGAAGCCGGUCAGGGACCCCCUGACAUUAGGACCAGGAUAAAUCAAUGAGAGGGCAAUCUGCCCUCCCUCCUGGGGUUCCCACCUAGCCUGCCAGAGCCCUUCCCCACCCAACUCUUCCCACAGGGCCCAGCAUAGCCGCCUCCACAGGGCUGUUCUGCCUCCCUAUGGAAAGUGGGCUGAGGAGACCACCAGAUCAAGAGAGCAGGUCAUGAAGGAGGGGGUGCCCUCCACGUAGGUGUUGGGAGGCCCCUCAGCAGCCAGGGCUCUGCCUUGGGAGGUCACCUGCCACCCUGUGGGGGCCAUAGAGCCCAACACUCAGCCUCAGGCCAGCCGCAGCCAGGCCUGCAGCCCCUGGUGAUGGGGUCAGGUGGGCAUGAGAAAUAGCUGAAUGGUAACCGGAAACCUAUUAUCUUUUUAACAAAAAUCAUCUUAGAAUCAUUUCUGUCUAAAUGGAGAAUUAUUUUAACAACAUAUACAACUGUUUCAAGCCCUGCUCCCCAGAGCUGGUGCUAGGCAGCCCUAGCGGCUGUUCCGUGACCUGCAGACUUGGAGAGGGUGUCUGGGGACGUUGCUGAGCUGGCUGCAGAAGGGUAGGGACAUCUGGGCGCAGUCUCCAUGCCUGUGACAUGCCCUGGUCCCUGCAGCGCCUGGCAGACCUCAGCAGGCCACCCAUUCCUAGCCCAGGUGCCUCAACGGCGGGGCUGGGUUGUUCUGAGUACAUCUGACUCUGCUUUUCCCCUUAAAAAUGAACAUCUUUUUCCCAUGCCUUGGUGCCAUCACAGACCCCAGCUGGAGCAAGGUGCCAAAGGUCAGGACAGCUGUGCUGGGAGGCGGCCACAGGGAAGCUCACAAAUCCUGACAGCAUCACCUUGGUUUGGAAAACCCACGUCCCCAGUAAAAUGAGGCCAGACAGAGGGGCUGUUAGGAUGGCAAACAAGCAGUGUCCAGAGACCCCUCAAUCCCCUACGCUCAGCGCUCCAUACUGCAUGCCCUGGGCCUCACCAACCACGCCCCAUCCUAUAUGCCCUGGGCCACACCAGCCACGCCCCAUCCUGCACGUCCCGGGCCACGCUGGUCAUACCACUGUAUUGCAAUGGACUCAUCUCUGGACUUCUGGGGUGAAUGAGCCCAAGGUUACUUUGGAGAUGCAGGUGAGGCUGUCACAAGAUCUAGAGAACAACUAACCCACCAAUUGUGGGGGCUGCAGAGGCUCCAUCAGGGACUGGUGGGGAGCAAAUGACCCAGGGCAGGUAGCCAGGAAAGGAUGGUGGAGUGUGUGGAGUGCAGUGAGAGAGAAGCAGGUGGAUGCUGCAGACUCCAAGUUCAGUCCUGCCCAUUGGCUACACCCUGCCCCUCUGCUGCUCCUCCCUGUAGGGUUUGGGAGACCCACCCCCAGCCUUGCCUGGCUUUAAAAGGACAAAGAGGGCCUCCCCUACCCACUCAGGGUUUUGAGGAAACAGAUUUGUGGUAACUGAAGGUGUUGGGUCAGUGACCAGGUGUGGACACUGAGCUGUGACACAGAGGGGAUGCAGAGGAAGUGGGCGUGGCCAUCAUGGUCAGGCGGUCACCGGGCACUGGUUGUGUGGCUCACUAUCAGAUGGUUGGGUGUGGGUGGUCAUCAAUCUUCAGGUAGGUGCAGGGGACAGUGUUCAGCAGAGCUGAGGACCGGUUCCUCCUGCCCGGUAGAGGGGCAGGCCGCCCGCUGUUCCUGGCAGAUACCUGGUGAGCAGAGGAUGCAGGCCCUAGCAGUCAGCAGGUGUCUUUAACUGUAGUCUUCUGUAGAAUGUCUCAAACUCCUCCACGUGGCAGGAAUGAGCUGUGUAAAUACUUCAAUAAAAUCUGUCCUCACAUCUGCA